AUGAAUCACGUCUCGCUCGACAGUGUGGGCAUAGUUGCUCUGUCUCAUGAUUUCGACGCACUCUAUGGAAACAACUCCGAUGUCGUGCAUGUCCUGAAUGCCUUUAGUUCAUCUACCAGCGUUUCCUACAACUUGGUCACCCUGGCACAAAAUUUUCCUUCCAUCCUGAAGCUACCAUUACCUCGCAUACAGUUCUCCCAGAAGCUGAACCCGAUCGUUAGCAAAAUAUGCCAGGAGAUGGUCUCGCGGACGCGCAAGGAAAAAGAGACCGGCGGCACUGAACAGGGGGACAGAUCAUGUUUGGUGGAAGCGGAAGAAUCUGGUGAGAGCGAGGGACUGACUCCACAAGAAGUAUUAGACCAGGUAUAUGAAUCACAGAACACUCCUGAACGAUGUGACACUGGUCUCCGUCACCGCCAGGCAAAGAUUCUACUUCUCGCCGGCUUUGAGACCACUGCAGUCACCAUGACAUGGGCUUAUAUAGAACUUGCGCGGAAUCCAGGCAUACAGACGAAGCUUCGCGACGAGUGUUUAGAGUUCGGACCAACCCCCUCACAUGACGACCUUGCAAAUAAGCUUCCCUACCUGGAUGCUGUAGUGAAUGAAGUUCUUCGCCUCCACGCAGCAGCCAAGGAAAUCGAACGAGCGGUGCAAGAUGUAAUCCCGCUUAGCGAACCCUUGCGCACAGCUACAGGUGACUUUACCGAGAGCGUAUGUAUCCCGAAAGGGACAGUGGUCGUUGUCCCACUUGCCGCGCUUAAUUGCUCUGUUAGCAUGUGGGGCCCUGACGCGAAGACGUUCAAACCUUCACGCUGGCUCGAAGGGGACGAGGGUAUGCAUGGUGCCCGAACCCUGCAGGGCUACCGUCAUUUAAUGACAUUCGGUGAUGGAGCACGGAUGUGCUUAGGAAGGCUAUUUGCGUUGACAGAGUUUAAGGCUGUACUGUUCGUCCUUGUGCGAAACUUUGUGUCUGAGAUGGCAGAUGGCCCUGGGGUGCCGAUCGUAGAGAGUUUGGGGACUGUACCAAGGCCGAGGGUGGUUGGGAGUGCUGAGGCUGAAGUGUGCCUCUUCGGCUAUAUAAUACCGCUAGCGCCAAGACGUCAAUUUCGCAAGUUAUCUGGAUAA